AUGAAGGCGGUUGGAAACAGAGGAACCAUCCGAGAUUAUCCCAGCUUCAAUGCAUCCAGAGAUGCAGAAGCAAUUCGGAAAGCAAUCAGAGGAAUUGGGACUGAUGAGAAAACCCUGAUCGACAUUCUCACUGAGAGAUCAAAUAUUCAGCGACAGCUGAUUGCUAAGGAGUACUUGGCAGCAUCAGGAAAGGACCUGAAAGAUGACUUGAAAAGCGAUCUCUCAGGCAAUCUGGAGCGUGUCAUGGUUGCUCUUGUUACACCCCCAGCAGUAUUUGAUGCUAAACAACUUAAAAAAUCCAUGAAAGGCACUGGGACUAAUGAAAAUGCACUGAUAGAAAUCCUAGCCUCCAGAAACAGCAAGCAAAUGAAGGAGGUCUCUCAAGCCUAUUAUAAAAUAUAUAAGAAGAGCCUUGGUGAUGACAUCAGUUCUGAAACGUCUGGUGACUUCAGAAAAGCCCUGUUAACUCUGGCAGAUGGCAGAAGAGAUGAUGGUCUCAAAGUGGAUGAGCACCUUGCAAAGAAGGAUGCACAGAUUCUGUAUAAUGCUGGUGAGAAGAGGUGGGGUACAGAUGAAGAUAAAUUUACUGAUAUUCUGUGCUUUAGGAGCAUACCUCAACUGAAACUAACAUUUGAUGAAUACAGAAACAUCAGCAAGAAGAACAUUGAGGACAGCAUACUGAGUGAAAUGUCAGGGCAUUUUGAGGAUUUACUGCUAGCAAUUGUUAAAUGUGUGAAUAGCACUCCUGCAUUCCUUGCCGAAAGACUGCACCAAUCUUUGAAGGGGGCUGGAACUGAUGAGUUCACUCUGAACAGAAUCAUGGUUUCCAGAUCAGAAAUUGAUCUUCUGGAUAUUCGGGCUGAAUACAAGAAACACUACGGAUGCUCCUUGUACUCUGCUAUUAAAUCUGAUACCUCUGGAGAUUAUGAGACCACACUGCUGAAGAUUUGUGGAGGAGAUGACUGAAAGUAAAUUCACAAUGAGCACUGUGCCAUUACAUUUUUGCUAACUACUGUAAUUCUUUUUAUAAAGCUUUUAAAUGUGUAAGCGAGUGUAAAAUUGCAACACGUGUUGACUGCUUCCUCAUUAAGCAUCAUAAUAAACAGAUGCUUAUUUUAACCUAUCUCUUUAGGCAGUUGUUGAUAGUUAUCUUACAUGCUAUGAUCUGGAUAAACUGUGCUUAAAAAAUUAUUGGAAGCCAAAGCAGACAGAGUGCUUUUGCCUGCAAGGUAGACGCCUGUUUGGAAAUAGUUACAGUCUCUUUGCAGCUGUGCGGCAUUAAGAAAAUGUGAUACCACUUGAGUAGAGAAGAGAAUAAAACUCAAUGCAAGAUCAGGUUAGUAAUUAACUUUUACAAAGGCUGUAUUUAGCCACUGGCACUCCCAGACUGAUUAUGUAAACACUGGAUUGUUUUCAAAUAAACCAAAAUUAUUCCAAAAUA